UGUUCACGGUUGGAGAGAGAACGUUUGCUGUGCCUGCAUUAGCCAGUGCUUGGAAGAAUCACCUAGAAACGUCUCUCUGCUGUGCAGAGAAACCCGGAGGAGCGUUGUAGAACUGGGCAGACCGUUCAUUCUGCAAUCGGCCAAAAAUCCAGAAGCAAAGAGGGUGUGUGAGAACCAUCAGGAGGAAUUUGCUUUGUUGUCUGAAGAGGGGCCAACAGCUCACCUAUGUGAUCUGCACAGCGCACAAAGAAACCAUGUUACAGCUUCCACAGAGACAGCCGCUGAGCAGUGCGAGGUAGGAAAUUGCUGGAGGCCAGAGACACACUGAACAGGUACGUGGCUCCUUCUCACUCCCCCUCAGACUUCACAAUGCAGGCCAGGGGCUUGGGCACUGGCUGAAAGACACAUCUCCAAUGUUACACAUCUGGGUGGUGAUAUUUUAUGGUGGGUUUUUGUUGUUUGUUUUCUUAAAGCCCCAGUUCCUGGAGUCAUGUGAUUACAUUAAAAUCUCAGCCACUUCUUUUUUUAAGGCAAUUUCUAGCUCUUUCAGCUGCAGAGAGAAGCUUUCAAAUAUGCACCCAAAGAGCUGGAAAGCUAUAAAACAGGGAAUAAGCAGCUGUCAGGGAUGGACAUUUUGCCUAGUCCCUGUGUGGGAAUGGCGGUGAAAAGACUCCCUAGUAUUUAUAUUAUCAUGGUACCUAUAAGUCCAGCUGAGAUCAGGACCCCACUGCAUACACACAAAGAGACAGUCCCUGCCCUGGAGAAUGUACAGUCCAGACAAGCCAGACAGAAGGUGGGAGGGGAAGUAAUUUGCCUUUAGUCACCCAGCAAGUGUGUUGCAGGACACAGGGAGCUGAAGCCUGGUGUCCAGGUUCCCAGUCCAGUGCUCUUUCCACUGCUCCACGCUGCCCACCUUUGUGGGUCUUUCCCCAUCACUUCCCCAGCCUCGAGAGAACUUGCAGACCCAUGCCAGGUCCAGGCACAAAUGGGCCCCUUGAUGUUUUGCUGCCACUUGAUCUGAGCAAUCAGGUGAAGAGUAAUAAAUGUGUGGUUAGUGUUUUUCCUCCUCUAGCCGUGAGAAGGGGAAGGUGCAUGCUGCAAUGGCUCUUUCUCCUGAACCGAGGCAGAGGACGCCGGAGUUCUCCCUCAACCUCCAAACUCUGAGGCAAUUCAAAGUGAAUGUGACUCUGGAUCCAGACACGGCAGGUCCUGAACUCAUCCUCUCUGAGGACCUGAAAGGUGCCAGAUGGGGAAAACCAAGUCAGGAGAUGCCUGACCGUUUGGAGAGAUUUGACACUGAUCCCUGCGUGUUGGGCUGUGAGGGAUUCACCUCGGGGAGACACUACUGGGAGGUGGAGGUGGAUGGGAUGUUCUGGACUGUGGGUGUGGCCAGCGAGUCUGUGAGGAGGAAAGGACGUAUUGUCUUUCAACCCAACACAGGGGUCUUGGGUUUGCAGAAAUAUCAUCACCUCUGUGUGGCGCUCACCAACCCUUCCAACACCUAUGUGCCCCUCAAAAAGAACAACAAUGAGAUCGGCGUCUAUUUGGACUAUGAACUGGGGCGAGUGUCAUUUUACGACCUCAGCAACGAGGAGCUGCUCUUUGCUUUCCCGCCGGUCUCUUUCAAUGAGGAGAGAGUUUUCCCUUACUUUUGUGUAUUGUUGUCCCACAUGAAACUGUCCCCCAGAGGGUGAUGCAUGGCUGUGAUCCCAAGAAACUGGAUUCUCUGGCCUGUGGUGUCAUACUCUCUAUGAUCCUAGAAGUUCUUGCUGAACCUCUUCUAGCUUCCAUUGCCCUACGCUCUAUGACCCUGGAGGAUUACAAUGUUCUUGCUGAACCUCUUGUCACUUCCAUUGCUCUAAGCUCUAUGACCCUGGAGGAUUACAAUGUUCUUGCUGAACUUCUUCUGGCUUCCAUUUCCUUAGGUUCUAUGACCCUGGAGGAUUACAAUGUUCUUGCUAAGCCUCUUCUAGCUUCCAUUUCCCUAAGCUCUAUGACCCUGGAAGACAACGUCUUUCCUGUAGAGCUGCUCCGAGCUAUGUUAUUAGUCUCCAUGCCUCAGAAGGACUCCCAUGUUUCCUCACAGAAAAUCCGAGGCUCUCAAUCCUGGUCUCUAUAGCUCUGCAAGGAGUACAGUGUUGUUGCAGAGUCCUGUUUAGCUUCUUAUUUUCUAGUCUCUAUGCUCCUGUCAGGGUCCCAUGUUCCUUCAGAUCCCCUGCUAGCUCUCUGUCUGCAAACUGGACCAUCUUGAAGUACAGAACGUGACACGUUUUCAUGGCAGAAAUUAAGGAAAGAAAAUCCUGAGUGGGUGUCUCGAUUCAGCCUGUAUGACCGUUGUGACAGAUAUUGCAAAUACACGCAGCCUCUUUGGGAGCGAUUGUUUCCACUUGAUAAAUGUGAUCUGUGUGCUUGAGAUGGGCCGGACGACAUGGGCCUGUAGUAUAUUCACAGACCUAUGGCUCAGUGUGUAUUACAGGUAAUUGUUUGUACCCGGCUCACUGGGUGGAUUUUCUGGGGAAGCUGGGAAGAUCAAUGCAAGUUCCUGUGGUUGGUUACACAGACUCCCAGCCUUUGAGCCUGAUUUUACCUGCUUCAGGAGCUUGGGAACAAAUUUUGGGGUCUAAAGGGUGAGUUUAAACAGACUCUCAUUUUGAGCCAACAAACUGACAUGAACUUUUAAUCAAUAGGUCAAACCUUGUGAAGGAGUGGAAGGACUAGAACCUGCCAGGGUCUCCAUAGGACUGAUGGGGGACCUCUGGGAAGCAGAAGUCUGCUUUUCCACUUGUUAUUGUUUUAUUGAUCUGUUUUCUCUGUAAGGCUUUUGUCCUUAAAUAAAUGCUCUGUGCAAAGUGCCUAAUCACUGGUGCACCACUUGAGAGAGAGAGCGCAAAACUGUGGGGACUGGGGAGGCAGAAUUCAUUGCUGGACAGGGGGACAAGCAGCUGUGCGGGUGGCAGGGACACAGAACUAAUUAAAUGGGGGGCGGGGGUGUUUGAAGAGAAGCUAGAAGCCCUGCAGCAGCUGGAAGCGAUUUGUACCAGUCUGUGUCACUGGAUCUCGUUGGGGGUCUCCCAGCUACUGCUCCUGCUGCAGGAGCCAGAAUCACCUUCCCUUAUAGCUAUGGGGGAGAGUUGGCAAGAAUCAUACAUGAGCUGGGCACAGAGGGGGCUUUAAUGAAGGUGCCCUCCCCCCUGCACUGGCCCACCCUGCUGGGGGAGCAGCAGCUGCUCCGUUCGGGCUCCCAGAUCCUAAAGGAGAAGGCAGCAGCAGCUUGUGACUUAGGCCAAAAAACGGAGACAGAUGGAGCAGGGACCAGACACAACAGCUACUGAAUCAACUCCCCUCCCUGCCAGACCCCCAACCCUGGAGGGAUCCCGUGCAGCCAGGGCUGGAUUAAGGCACUGGCAAUUUAGGGUCCAGUUUGCGUACGUGUGUGUGUGAGGGGGCUCAGAGAAGCUGCCCUUGUCUAGACUGGUAGAGGCAGGGUCUGGGGCAGGGGGGCUGCAGAGCUGUCGGUUUAUCGCUAGGACCCAGGAGCGGCUGGGGGGCGGCUCUGCGGGGAGCGAUCGCUGGGCUCAGGCCCAGCCCAGGAAGUGACUCGCAGCCGCUGCGGGGACUCUGGCUCCCGGCGAGAUCCCCGCGCCCCGGCGGCUGGUGCUGGGAGCCCGGAGCCCGGGCUGCAGCCGGGAGAGGGGAACCUCCAGCCGGGCCCUGCCCGCUGCUCCCCGGGAGCCUCUCCCAGGGCAGAGCCCCCAGCCCGGCCCCUGCCCCGGGGGGGCCCCGCUCGGAGGGAAGCAUGGCAAAGUCCGGAGAGUCUGUCUCCAGGGAGAGAGCCUGGGGGGAAUCAGGCUGUGACAUGGACUCAAGCCCCUUCUGAAACCUCCCCCAUCACGCCUCUCGCCCCAACAGGCUAAAGAAUCACAUCUACAUUUCGCUCCAGAUUGUCCUGUCUUCCGGGAGACGAGGAAGAGAAAUGGCUGUGAUGGAGCCAGCUCAGAUGCUGGUGACCUUCGAGGAGGUGGCUGUGUAUUUCACCCAGGGGCAGGGGGCUCUGCUGGACCCCGCUCAGAGAGCCCUCUACAGGGACGUCAUGCAGGAGAACUAUGAGACGGUGACCUCGCUCGGAUUUCCCAUUCCCAAACCUGAGCUGAUCGCCCAGCUGGAACAAGGGGAGGAGCCGUGGGUCCCAGAUCUCCAGGUCUGCAAGGAAAGAGAGAUCCUGAGAGGCACCCGCACAGCAGGUGAUGAGCGAGGGAGUGAGAACGAGGAGGGGAAUCAUCAUGAGGAUGUUCCUAGGGAAGUGGAAUCACAAGGGACCUUUGUGGGAAGAUCUGAAGGGAAUUUUUCCCAGUGCUUGGAACAGGGAGAAGCCUGGGGAAAUUGGCACAGGUCAGAGAGGCUGCUGGGAAACCACCCAAGGAAAAAAGUGGAUGAAUCUAUUAUACGUGGGGGAGGAGACAAGGAUCCCACAGCCCAGCAGACAAAUCCCAAGGAAGAGAAACCCUACCACUGCCUGCAGUGUGGGAAAGGAUUCAUUCUGAGAUCACAGCUUGUUACACAUCAAACAAUCCAUAACAGCUCAGACUUUAAUACCCAUGGGAGAAUCGACACAGGAGAGAGACGCUAUCAAUGCCUCAAGUGUGGCAAAUGUUUUAAUUGGACGUCAGCACUUAUUACACAUCAGGCAACCCACAUGGGAGAGAGACCCCAUAAGUGCUUGGAGUGUGGGAAAACCUUCAGUAACAGCUCAAAUCUUACUAAACAUCGGAGAAUCCACAUGGGAGACAGACCCUAUAAAUGCCUCGAGUGUGGGAACUGCUUCAGUCAGAAGACCACCCUUAUUAUGCAUCAGAAAACCCACACAGGAGAGAAACCCCAUAAGUGCUUGGACUGUGGGAAAAGUUUCACACAGAGAUCAGCCCUGAGUACACAUCAAACAAUCCACACAGGAGAGAGACCCUAUAAAUGCCUCGACUGUGGGAAAAGUUUCAUUCAGCGCUCACACCUUCUUCGACAUCUGAGAAUUCAUACUGGGAAUAAACCUCAUAAAUGCCUCCACUGUGGGAAAAGUUUCAUUCAGAGAACAAACCUUAUUUCCCAUCAGACAAUCCACACAGGAGAGAAGCCCUAUAAAUGUUUGGACUGUGGGAAAAGCUUCAAGAACAACUCCUACCUCACUAAACAUCGGACAAUCCACACGGGAGACAGUCCCUAUAAAUGCCUCCUCUGUGGGAAAAGUUUUGUUCUCAGUUCUGACCUGAUUGUGCAUCAGAGAAUUCACACAGGAGAGAAGCCCUACGUAUGCUUGGACUGUGGGAAAAGCUUCAAGAACAACUCCUACCUUACUAAACAUCGGAGAAUGCACACAGGAGAGAGACCUUAUAAAUGCCUCGAUUGUGGGAAAUGUUUCAGUCAGAAGUCAUCCCUUAGUACCCAUCAGACAAUCCACACUGGAGAGAGACCCAAUAAAUGCUUGGACUGUGGGAAAAGUUUCACCCAGCGAUCAGCCCUUGUUAUACAUCAGAGAAUCCACACAGGAGAGAGACCCCAUAACUGCUUGGACUGUGGGAAAAGUUUCACGCACAGAUCAGCCCUCCUUAGACAUCAGGCAAUCCACACAGGAGAGAGACCCCAUGAGUGCUUGGAAUGUGGGAAACGUUUCAUUCAGAGAUCAACCCUUAUUAGACAUCAGGCAGUCCACACAGGAGAAAGACCCCAUGGGUGCUUGGAUUGUGGGAAAUGUUUCACCAACAGAUCAUCCCUUAUCAGGCAUCAGGCAAUCCACACAGGAGAGAGACCCCAUAAGUGCUUGGACUGUGGGAACAGUUUCAUUCAGAGAUCGAACCUUAUUAUACAUCAGAGAAUCCACACGGGCUAUAAACCUCAUAAAUGUCUGGCCUGUGGGAAAAGUUUCAGGAAGAGCUCGUACCUUACUAAACAUCUAAGAACUCACAAAGGUGUGGGAGACCCCAGGAACAGCUUGAUUGCAGAAAAAGAUUCAAUCCUAGCUCACACAUCAGUGAUCCACAAAACGGAGCGACCAAGGCAACAAGAUGGCUUGAAAGACAAAAACAGGAGCAUUGAACUGGGGAGGGUGGACCAAGGCUGGAAGGAAGUCGGCCUGGAUGCUAAGAACUGUAAACUGUCUGCAACAUCGGGCGGGUUGAGAAAAGCUGUUUGCCUGAACUUCCCCCUGGGAUAUGAGACUUGGGGGUCUGCUGUCACCCUUCCCCUCCUGCAUCAUUUCCCUUCCCCACCUUACUUCUCCUCUCUCUCCUUUUUCUUUCUGGCUCAGCCCGUCCAGUCAACGCCACCUUUUGCACCAGUGCUGGUGGCCUGUGACCGGAGAGGCAGCUCAAAGCAAAGCCUUAACCUGCCCAAAGCGAGAAGUUUUCCAAGUCUCACAGGGGCUGAUCAGCUGGUGGCCUGUGCCCGGGUUUCCCCUGCAGGGAGGCUGCAAGUGAGACUGAGCCCUGGCAACAGAAGCCUCUAUGCAGGAUGUCCCCUUAAUGCUGAGAGAAGCUGGCCAAGCGCAGGCGAGGCUGAGGAAUCACAUCCACAUUUCGCUCCGGAUCGUCCCCAUCCCGUCAUCUGGGAGACAGGAAAGGGAAAUGUCUGUGAUGGAGCCAGCUCAGCUGGACUGUGGCAGGGGCAGCAGGUGCUGAGAGGGGGACUCCUGUUGUUUCAGAUGCUGAUGACCUUCGAGGAGGUGGCUGUGUAUUUCACCCAGGGGCAGGGGGCUCUGCUGGACCCCGCUCAGAGAGCCCUCUACAGGGACGUCAUGCAGGAGAACUACGAGACGGUGACCUCGCUGGGAUUUCCCAUUCCCAAACCCGACCUGAUUGCCCAGCUGGAACGAGGGGAAGAGCCGUGGGUGCCCGAUCUCCAGGCCUGCGAGGAAAGAGAGAUCACGAGAGGCACCCGCACAGUGACUCCUGUCUGGAUUGUCUCUCUCCCAGCAGGUGAGGAGCGAGGGAGUGAGGAGGAGGAGGGCAAUCAUCAUAAGGAUGUUCUUGGGGAAGUGGAACCACAAGGGACCUUUAUGGGAAGAGCUGAAGGAAAUUCAUCCCAGUGCUUGGAGCAGAGGGAAGCCUGGGGAAAUUGGCACAGGUCAGAGAGGCUGCUGGGAAACCAACCAAGGGAGCAAGAGGAGGAAUCUAUUAAAUGUAGGGGAGGAGAUAAGGAUCCCAUAGCCCAGCAGACAAACCCCAAGGAGGAGAAACCCUACCACUGCCUCAAAUGUGGGAAAGGAUUCAUUCUGAGACCACACCUUCUUACACUUCAGACAAUCCAUACUGUAGAGAAACCACUUCAAUUCUUGGACCAUGGGGAAAGCUUUAAUAACCAUGGAAGAAGCCACAAGGGAGAGAAACCCUAUCAAUGCCUUGAGUGUGGGAACUGUUUGAAUCAUAAGACAGCACUGAUUACGCAUCAGAUAAGCAACACAGGAGGGAGACCCCAUAAGUGCUUAGAAUGUGCAAAAACUUUCAUUCGGAGGUCAGACCUUGUCAGACAUCAGGCAAUCCACACAGGAGAGAGACCCCAUAAGUGCUUAGACUGUGGGAAAAGUUUCAUACGGAGGUCAGACCUUGUUAAACAUCAGGCAAUCCACACAGGAGAGAGACCCCAUAUGUGCUUGGACUGUGGGAAAAGUUUCACACGAAGCUCAUCCCUUCUUCAACAUCAGGGAAUCCACACAGGAGACAACCCCCAUAAGUGCUUAGACUGUGGAAAAAGUUUCAUAUGGAGGUCAGACCUUGUUAAACAUCAGAGAAUCCACACAGGAGCGAGACCCCAUCUGUGCUUGGACUGUGGGAAAAGUUUCAUUCAGAGGUCAGACCUUGUUAAACAUCAGACAAUCCACACAGGAGAGAGACCCCAUAAGUGCCUGGACUGUGGGAAAAGUUUCAUACGGAGGUCUGACCUUGUUAAACAUGAGGCAAUCCACACAGGAGAGAGACCCCAUAAGUGCUUGGACUGUGUGAAAAGUUUCAUAUGGAGGUCAGACCUUGUUAAUCAUCAGGCAAUCCACACAGGAGAGAGACCCCAUAAGUGCUUGGACUGUGGGAAAAGUUUCAUACGGAGAUCAGCCCUUGUUAAUCAUCAGGCAACCCACACUGGAGACAGACCCCAUAAGUGCUUGGACUGUGGAAAAAGUUUUAUUCGGAGGUUUGACCUUGUUAAACAUCAGUCAUUCCACACAGGAGAGAGACCCCAUAAGUGCUUGGACUGUGGGAAAAGUUUCAUACAGAGGUCAGAUCUUGUUAAACAUCAGGCAAUCCACACAGGAGAGAGACCCCAUAAGUGCUUGGACUGUGGGAAAAGUUUCAUACGGCGAUCAGCCCUUGUUAGUCAUCAGGCAAUCCACACAGGAGAGAGACCCCAUAAGUGCUUGGACUGUGGGAAAAGUUUCACACAGAUAUCACACCUCACUAAACAUGAGAGAAUCCACACAGGAUCUAAACUUCUGUGACAGAUGGCCAGAAAGGGUUAAGAAACUUUCAGGCUAAUUGACCCAGAUUCAACCUUUAGAGACACAUUCGAAAAGUGUGUAAAUGGUAUUGAUGGCUAUUCCACGUUAGAUAGACUAGAACUCUGAAAUGUAAACUUGUAUUGUUAAAGAAUUGGAAGAAGAUGGUAACUGUAGUAGUCUAUAUUUACCUAUAUCUUGUUAGAGAUUAACAGUAUAAUCAAACGGUUCCUGUCUAGGGCUCUAUUCUGUUAAUUUAGAGAUCAAAGGGAAAUAUUAACAUUUAGAUGAAAUUUGUGUGUCGUAAUGUCAUUGCCUCUUUUUUUAUUUCUGGUAAACUCUCUGUGAACUGCUUUAUGGAUAAAUGUCUUACGUUAAUGCCUAUAAUUAAUUACCGUUGAUGUUUAGGAACUAGACAGUUACUUCAACAGCCUAUUGUUCACCCAAGGGCUGCGUGCUGACCGGAGGCUGCAAAAAUCUCUUGAAAAGCUUUUGGGACCUGAUCCUUUUCUCUCAGAUCUUUGUUAGCUUUAUUCAGGGGGGUGGGGGGCGUUUGAUUCGUAAGACUGAGAUCUUCCGUCCCAUCCUCACUGCCCUGAUAGUGAACAUUUGGACAUUGGACUAGAAUGUGAUUAAAUGAUUCUGAGAAGGAUUCUUUGCAAUUCUAAAACACCAUCUCUACUAUGAAACGGCCCUAAGGACUCUAGGCAUGUCUGUAUGUAUAAUGAGCUUUUAACCAAUACAUUCUCUCUUUUCUUCUUUUAAUAAAUCUUAGUUUAGUUAAUGAG